AUGCGGACCUCAGUGGCCGCAUCACUUCUGCUCUCUGCAUUGACCAAUGCACGAGAGCUGAAUGUCACCUCAUUCCGCUCCGUCAGUGCUCAGCCCAUCGCACCAGCCGGGUCCGUCAAAGUUCCCGCGGACUUCUUCAGCUUCGGCUUCGAGACGGCCUUCCUCCACCAUUUCAACAACAACUUCUCCGAUAACAUCGUCGCCUCUGUCGGCGCUCGCAUGGGCAAGCCCUUGAUCAUUCGCAUUGGCGGCACCAGCGGCGACCUGGUCUCCAUCGACCCCCAUCUAAGCAACGCCACGAAAUGUGUGAAAGGACCGGGCUGCCCCAUCGACAGCAGGGCUACCUUCGAGCUGGGCCCGUCGUACUUUGAGACAUUCAAACUCUUCCCGAAUGCCACUAUGACCAUCCAGGCCCCGAUCUCGCCGUACCAAGAGAAGAACAAGGAUGGCUCCAAACGCGAAGCCAAGAUGGACGCUCCCCACGGAGCCGACAUGACCAACGACAAGCACAAGAAGCCUGAGUAUGCGCCCGAGGACUGGAUGGACCAGUCUCUGGAAUAUGUCAAGCUUGCGUACGAGGCGCUCGGUCCCAAGCGGGUUGCGGGUAUUGCGCUGGGCAACGAGCCCGACUACUAUAACUACGGUCCUGAGGAAUACACCCGUCGCGCACUGGCGCUGCAGAAGCGUAUCAUCGACGAGCUCCACCUGGAGGGCGAUGACCGCCGCAUCUUUGAGAUCGGCGAUAUCCCCAACUCGGUGAUUGUCAAGCGGAACCGCGACCAGCACUUUACCUUAACCGACGUUGUCGAGGGUGGACUUGCCAAAAAUGGCUACGCCAAGUUCGCUGCUCAGCACUUCUACCAGGUCGGGGCUGGAAAUGAUUAUUCCGGGGAACUGAUGCAACAAACACUGAUGAACCACACGGCCAUCACGGAACGUUUCCCGCCGCUCAACAAGAGCAUCGCAGACAUCAAGAAAACAGACCCGAAAAUCGACUUCGUCCUGUCCGAGACCGCCGGCGUCAUGGGCGGCCGACCGAUUAAGUACGCUGGCGGCUUCGGGUCCGCAAUGUGGGCCGUCGACUUCCACCUAACUGCCAUGGCCGCCGGCGUCAAGCGCGUGUCCAACACGAUGCGUCCCGAAGCCGCCCACGCGUUCUGGGUGUCCGACUCGUCGGCGCCCAAGACGCGCCGACCAAUGGUGCAAGGCGUGUUCCCAUCCGCGCCGUUCAUCGCCGACUUCGUCGGCAAGGACGACCAGGGCAAGGUGAUCGAGCUGCCCACGGGCCACGAGCUGUUCACCGCGUACGCCAAGUACGACGUGCAUACCGGGAAGCUUGCGCGCAUUGCGCUGAUCAACCUCAAGCGCUGGGACCCGACCUCGCCUGAGAAGCGGGGCGCCGCGAGCGUGACGCUCGAUGUUGGGGACCGCAAUGCUGAGAAUGUCCGCAUGGAGCGCAUGGAGUCUGGGCAGGGCUCUGCUGGUCUGGGAUUGGACUAUGGGGGUCCGACGCACAAUGUUACUUGGGCUGGGGAGCAGUGGUCACACAAGGUUGAUAAGGGUAAGGGCCAUUAUGUUCUCGGGGGCCGGGUGCAGGAGAUCGUCCAUGUGAAUCACGGUAAGGCGGAGGUGCUGAUCCCUGAUACCGAGGCGGCUAUUAUUUACUUCUACGAUGGGGAUGUCACGAUCCAGCUGUAA